AUCUGGCCCAACUAACCGCGCCGGUCGUGUCGUCGUGCCGCCCCGACGCGCCGCUGGCUAGGCAGUCGACGCAGGCGAGAGGGAGGAGAGAUGGAGGCGGCGCUGCGCGGGAUCAGGGGGAAGCUGACGGAGCACCGGGAGAAGGUGAUCAGCGCGCUGCUGCUGGGCUCGUUCCUGGCGCUGGGGUGGCGGUCCGCGGAGCAGCAGCGCGAGAUCGAGGGCCUGGAGGCCGAGAAGAACUCCCUCCGCGCCGCCAAAGCGUCCAUGUCCACCGCCAUGUGGGCCUGGCGGGAGGAGCUCUUCUCCCUCGCCGCCGCGCCCUCCUCCCCCAUCUCCGUCUCCCGCCUCCGCCACAUCUACGGCGAGGAGGAGGUCGCACCGCCCGUCGCGCCCAAGCAGCCAGGAUCCGAUGCCGGGGAGGAAUAGGUUUCUAUAGCAUGAAACUCUGUCGCACCUUUUCCAUGCAGUGUGCAGUGUUUAGCAUCAUCAGAUAGCGAGCCAAGCUUCCUGAAGGCGAUAAUGUUUUGCUAGAUAAUCAUGAAUGAUCGUUGCACUGAGUUGCAAAUAAGUUUUCAUCGAUCUGGUAACAUAAGGAACAGUGUUGUCCCCUGUGUUGCUUUCCAAAGCUAUACUGUGUGAUCCGACAUAAUAUAAGUAACACAGUUGUCUUAUGUGCU